CAGAAGCUGGUCCCUGAGAGUUCACAGGAAGACGUCUUAAGCAGUGGUGCUGAAUGUGACGAACGUCUCCCCAACACAAAGAUGCAAGAGGCUCCUCAGCGCACUGAUGCUGAUCCAGAUGCAGAUACGGGGGAUCCCCCCACCCCACCUCAUAUUUGUGGGGAGUGCCAGAGAUCCUUCAGUGAGUUGGAAGCGCUGAAAGCACACGAGUGCAUCCAAGUUGGAGAGAGUCCACACGGAUGCUCACGAUGCAGCCUCUACUUCAACCGCCUGUGCAACUUGCGUCGCCACGAACGAACCAUCCACUCCAAGGAAAGACCUUACUGCUGUACGCUGUGCUUCAAGUCCUUCACCCAGUCGUCCAGCCUGAAGCGCCACCAGCAGAGCCACGUGCGACGGAAAGCCCGCCGCCAGUGCGCCGCUCUUUCCGACGCGACCAUCUUCCCCUGCCCGCACUGCCCCUUCUCUUUCACCGGGGAGCGUUACCUACACAAGCACAUCCGUCGGCACCACCCGUUGGAGUGCAUCAAGGCGUUGAGCACCGAGGACCCGCUGGGAGACGAUCAACUUCACAACUGCACUCGUUGCUCCAAGAGCUUCCGCUCGCUCAAGGGCUUCAAGUCGCAUAGUUGCGUGCAACAUGGAGAGAAAGUCUAUUUAUGCCCAGACUGUGGAAAGGGUUUCAGCUGGUUCAACAGCCUCAAGCAGCACCAACGCAUCCACACGGGAGAGAAACCCUUCAGCUGCCCGCAGUGCGAGAAGAGCUUCGUGCAUUCGGGCCAGCUGAACGUGCACCUGCGCACACACACCGGCGAGAAGCCCUUCCUGUGUGCAGAGUGCGGCGAGAGCUUCCGGCAGUCGGGGGACCUGAAACGGCACGAGCGAAAGCACACGGGCGUCCGGCCGUGCCAGUGCCUGGAGUGCGGCAAGAGCUUCAGCAGGCCGCAGAGCCUCAGAGCCCACCAGCAGCUCCACAGUGGUCGGAGGAUCUUCAUUUGUACCGAAUGUGGAAAAAGCUUCUCCACCCAGAGCAACCUGAGAUCACACCAGCGAAUUCACACGGGCGAAAAACCGUUUGGUUGUGUGCUCUGCGGCAAGGCUUUCACCCAUAAGCAAAGCCUUAACGAUCAUCACCGUGUACACACUGGAGAACGACCCUUCACUUGUAAAGUCUGUGGGAAAUGCUUUGGGAAAGCGGCGCAUCUCAAAACACACGAAAUUAUUCACACAGGAGAAAAGCCAUUCAGCUGCACCGAGUGCGGGAAGAGCUUCAAUCUUGCACAAAAUCUUGCCAGGCACCAGCAAACUCAUACCGGUCAGAAGGUGUUUACUUGUUUGAUUUGCCAGAAAAGUUUUACUCGUGCUAUAACUUUGAAAACGCACCAGCUUAUCCAUACAGGACAGAAACCCUUCAGGUGCUCCCACUGUGGAAAAAGUUUCCGACAUGCCGUCAACCUGAAAAACCACGAGCGCAUUCACACAGACCUGCGACCGUUUUCGUGCGAUUUGUGCGGCAAGACUUUCCGACAGUCUGUCAAUUUAAAAAUACACAAGCGCAUCCAUACUGGAGAGAAGCCGUUUAGUUGCAAGGAGUGUGGAAAGAGCUUCAGUCAGCAGAGCAGUCUUAUUUCACAUGGUCGCACUCACUCUGGAGAGAAACCAUUUGGUUGCAGUUUCUGUGAGAAGAGGUUCAACAAUACAAACAGUUUGAAGUUACACGAACGGAUCCACACGGGUGAAAAGCCUUAUAGUUGUGAGUAUUGUGGAAAGUGUUUCAGCCAGGGUAGUCAUCUGCGGACACACAAACGACACGUUCACGCUGGAGGGAAGCAGUACAUAUGUGAUAAAUGCGGCAAAAGGUACUCUGAUCCACGAAACCUAAAGCUACACAAAUGUGUGUAUGCUUGACCAUGACACAGUUUGGGGAGGAAGACAUUUCAGAUUGUCACUGAAUGACUCUAUUUGCACUUGACAUUUUGAUGCUUAUCUUCCAACAUAUCCAGAAGCUGACUCAGACAAACAGAAUUGGCAGCUUUAGCACCUAGUAAGGUGCUCUACCAAAACAUAAUGUAGUGUAAUGUCUUGGAAUAGAAUUUGUCAUGUACGCAGGUGAUUAAGAAGCACACAAAGUGUGGUCAGCAUUCAGUCGGUCAAUCGGUUAAGGUUUUUAUUUAUAACAUGUCAUCACUGGCAUGAUUGUGUACUCACUCACAUUCUAAACAAUACUGAAAGCAAUUCUAAAGAAUAUUUAAAGCAGGUUUAGGUCCGUAGUCAUCCAGCAUGGCACAUCAUUAUACAGAAUGAUUAAGCUUUUUUUGAGCUUGAAGGGAAUUCUCUGAAUGACACAGCAGUUAUGAUAUCAAUAGCCUUAGUCUGAUCACUCAUUUUGAUAACACAACUGCAGAACAUUAUAUUUCAACCCACAAACUAUUUGAAAUAUUCUUAACAUUCUAAUAAAAGCAAUUAUCAAGCCAUAGCAUUGCAAAUUAUAACCCUGAUAAAUAAUGGCAGUUCAUUCCAUGACAUACAUAUUGUUUCU